GAGAAGGCAGGAAAAGUUUCUUCAGAGGAAAAUGUGGGGCUUGUCUUUCACCCUGACGUCAGAUCUGUCUUUAAUAAAAACCCCUAAAGGGCCUGGGGGAAAAGGCAUAUCUGGCUAUGUGUAUCUGCCAGUCCAGGACUGGUCCCAACUUCCCCAAGAGGUAUUUCCCUUCAGAGCUGGGCUUGGAGUCUGGGUUCAAUCAAUGUAUCUAAUUCUGGCUUCCAGGGAUGAGGUGGCUUCUGCCCUGGUUUAUAGCGGCAGCGGCAGCAGCGGCAGCAGCAGGAGCAGGAACGGGGAGCAGCCUUUCCAAGGCCCUUAUCCAGUCUUCUACUAUCAUGCCCCAAACCUCAGUCCCUGUGGAGGACACCUCAUUGCGCCCUCAGUUCUGUAAGUGGCCAUGUGAGUGCCCCCCAACCCCGCCCCGAUGCCCCCCUGGCAUCAGCCUAAUCACUGAUGGCUGCGAGUGCUGCAAGAUGUGUGCCCAGCAGCUUGGUGACAAUUGCACAGAGGCAGCCACUUGUGACCCUCAUCGGGGUUUGUACUGCGACUACAGUGGGGACCGUCCGAGGUACGCAAUAGGAGUGUGUGCACAAAUGGUUGGUGUAGGCUGUGUCCUAGAUGGGGUCAGGUACAGGAAUGGCCAAUCUUUCCAGCCCAAUUGCAAGUUCAAUUGUACUUGCAUCAAUGGAGCUGUGGGCUGCAUCCCACUCUGCACCAACUCUCGCCCACCACGUCUCUGGUGCCCCAACCCUAAGAGGAUCAAGAUGGCAGGCCGAUGCUGUGAGCAGUGGAUCUGUGAUGAUUCAAAGAAACCUCGGAAGACCUUGCCACGACACAUCUCUCCCUCAGCUUCUGAAGGAAACACUGAGUCAUGGCAAAAGAACUGUAUUGUCCACACAUCUUCCUGGAGCCCCUGUUCUAGAAGCUGUGGGAUGGGAAUCUCUACCAGAAUUUCCAACAACAAUGAGCAAUGUCACCUGUCAAAGGAGAGUCGCCUAUGUAACCUGAGACCCUGUGAGGUGAACAUCACCCAGCACAUCAAGCCAGGGAAGAAGUGCUUGGCUGUAUAUCAACCAGAGCUUCCAAUGAACUUAACCAUCUCUGGCUGCGUGAGCACCAACAGCUACAGGCCCAAAUACUGUGGAAGCUGCACAGAUAAUAGAUGCUGCACCCCCUACAAGUCCAAGACCAUUGUUGUGCAUUUCCAGUGUCCUGAUGGCCCAAGCUUCUCCUGGAAACUUAUGUGGAUCAAUGCCUGCUUUUGCAACCUGAGCUGUAGAAAUCCCAAUGACAUUUUUGCAGACCUAGAACAGUAUCAUGAUUAUGCAGAAAUAGCCAACUAGGCAGACGAAAGGCUAGAGUGUCCUCAAGACCCAGAAGGACCCCCUUUCAUGGUGUCAAAGACAACAUAAUUUCAUAGUCUCAUUCCCUUCCACACUCUGACAGAUUCCAUGCCCUUUAGAGGCUGCUGCAAAUUACCUGUUAAUCAACAGGAAUUGGGUUCUCUCAUCUAGAUCACUUUCUGCCUUAACUCUUAAGUCUUUUCAUCCAGCAUUUAUUUGAAAAAAAAAAAAGGUUCAAAUGCCUCAAAUGGGCAAACCUUAAAACAUUAUCUAUAAAUGCUAGCUAUUAUUAAAUGGACAAUGUGGUUAUUGUUCAUUUCAUGCUUACCUAACAACUAUUUAUAAUGUAGAAAAAUGUAGUCAUUUUUAACAAGCCUUACCUUCUAUUUCCAAAGUGCUGGGAAGGUGGGAUGAGGUAGAGUUAAUGCAAUAUGUUAUUUUCUACUUCUACUUCUUUUUCUACAAAAACCUCCAUCUGAUAUAUCCUUGUAUUUAAUUUUCUCUUUGCCUAAGACUUAAGUAAAUGAGUCUUCCCUUCAAAAAACUCAACUGGCAAAAACCCAAGCAUUUUUAACUGAUACAUUAAGGGCAUUUUUCAUCUCAUAGAUAAACUCAGUGUUUAUUUAUGAAACAGGGUUCUUUUAACUAGUUCCCCCAAUUCAUUAUGUCUUCUGCAGAUAGCUCAAGAUCUAGUCUAGACUUUAGCUUGAUAGUAAAGGAAGAAGUAAGAAUACAGGAUUUGGGAUCAAGUUCAAGCCUUUUCCCUUACUAUUUGUAUGACUUUAGAUAAGUCACAAAUUCUCUGAGCCAUAGUUUCAUUUGUAACAUGGAGAUAAUAAUCCCUGUCCUAUCUUACAGGAAUUUUGUGCAGAUCAAAGAGAAUCAUCGCAAAGUUUUAAGGUGCUAUAAAAAUGUGAGCUAUUGUUAGUAAUAACAACAAAAGGCAUGUGCUGCUAUCUGGGUCAUAUCUUAGGUGAACUGGGAUACAGCAUCAACUCUCCCCAGCAUAGGGAGCUUGAGAAAUGUAUAGCUGAUGCUUCCAGGCUCUUCCAUAUACCUUUAUCAGUCCUCCCAGCUACUUUCUCCUUGACUUUCCUUAUCACUUUGCCUUGGGAGCCAAAUAGAAAUGAUACUCUACUGCACAUAAUAAAAAGCUCUAGAAGGAAGUAUGGAGGCAGUGAGACAUCUGCUAUUUACUAAUUAAUGGGCACAGAUGUAACUCAAUCAUAUCAGAAAUGUCAAAUUAGAUGCAAAACAUAUAAAACCUGAAGAAGGCUAAUAUAAUUGGCCAGUUGUGGUUAAGACAUGGUGGUACCAUAUCCUGAUCUUAUGAAGGCAGAAGCCUGGUGCUGGUUAGGAAUGGGGUACCUGGGAUCUGGAUCCAGAGGAUUUCAACCCAUGGUGAUGUCAUGUUGGAUACCAUUAUUAUAUGUCUGUAAACUAUGUGACUCUCUGUGGCUUCAAUCCAUGUAUGAAUAUCAUCUAUGUAUAUUAAGGAGGGCAAAGAUCUCUGGAGAGUUCCCAUUAGUCAUAUCUGUGUUGUAAGAAUAGACUGGGUGGGAUGCUUGGUAAAGGCAAAAGAAACUAGAUUCCUUUGGCUUUGUCAUUUAUCAUUUCAUCAGUGUUGUUCUUCUUUAUGUGGUAGAAAAACUGAUAUAACCAAAAAACAUUAUGUCAAAUUGUAUCUCUGAUUUUUCUAAAGGUUUCUAGUUGAACAGAAAUGUGUAAACAAUGCCUUGCUUAAUUAUUCGUGAAAAUCAUUUAACUAACGGUGUAAUGGCCAAUUGUAUAACUUUGUCUAUAUGUAUGUAUGUGUAUGUGUAUAUAUAUAUAUGUAUAAUUUUCAAACUGUGACUUAAUAUUUAAUCUUACAGAGGUAUUUUUGUAAAGGAUAUUUUAAAGCAUAGAGAAAUUUAUCAGGAUUUACAAAUAGUGGGCAAAAUGAGCUCAGGACAGCCAUGUUUUAUGAUGUUGUUCAUUGCUCAUCAUUGUAUGGUCCUUCUUUACCCAAAGUGGAAGAUUUUUAUUACUUCAAUUCUGAGUUUGUGACUUUUCUUCUGAAAAAUAAUAAAUCACCGGCAAAAUGA